GCAGCCACAAACUUGUUGGUACCUGUGCAGGUACAUUUCUUAAAGAUGAAGACUAAAAGCAUACAGUGCACAUGGACAGAAUUGUAGCCUAUGUCCUCGUUUUUGUACUUGCACUUCCACCUCUAUCUGCAUCAGAUGGUUCUCACUCUUUGUGGUUGUUUUCAACUUACAUUCAGGGAAAAACACAAUUUCCUCAAUUUAGUAGCACAACAUUUUUGGAUGACAUCACAGUUGGAUAUUAUGAUUCAGAGACAUAUUUUGCAAGAGGGAAUACGACGAAUGAAGAGGAUGUGAUGAAUUCACACUACAUAAAGGGUAUAAGUGACUACAUGUAUAACUCCUUUUUGAGAAGAUCAGAUCUGUUAAGGCAAGACAGACAAAAUGACAAUCUUGAAGUUUAUCAGACACUGGUUCUCUGUGAGCUGCUAGACCUUGACAAGCCUGGACAGAUGAUUAUCAGAGAUGCUGCCAAAGGCUCCACCACAGAUGAGCUCUGUUACUUUAACAACACGUUUACUUAUAAAGUGAUUUUAAAUAUUACACAAGAUGAGCUCAAACCGCACCUGGAAGAAUUUAAGCAGGAAGUUGAAAAUACCUUUUACCCAGUUUGUAUAAAUACUCUCAAGAAAUACUUCAAAAAGAGAGAAGAUCAAAUUAACAGAAAAGUGAAACCGCGAGUCAGACUCAUUCAGAAAGCAAACUCAGAUUCUGGAGGGUUUCGUGUGAGUUGUUUGGCGACAGGAUUUUACCCUCGUCACAUCAACCUGACCCUGUUCAGAGAUGGACAGCCUGUAUCUGAUCAUGAGAUCACUGGAGGAGAUCUGCUGCCCAAUGGUGACGGGACGUACCAGAUGAGGAAGAGUCUGGAGAUCAGUGCAGACAAACACAAAUACACCUGCUCUGCCACACACCUCAGUCUGGACAACAAACUGGACGUCACUUUGGAAUUUGAUCCUGGUGAACCAUUUAAAUCAGUGAUUCUGCCAGUGCUGAUAGUUUUGGCUCUGAUGGUGUUUGGGGCUGGAGCCGUCAUAUAUGAAUACAGGAGGAGACGAGCAGGUGUGACAAGAAGCAAAUUGAAUAGUGAAUCAUCUGUGCCUUCAUCAAACUGUGUUUAUUCUGCUGCUUCUGGCGAGUUGUCAUGAUCACCAGUUGCCCGUGCAAUCCACCAGAGGGCACUCUACCAAGAACUUCUGUUUCUGUUUCCCUGCGUUCCUGCCUUGGUAUCUGUUUUUUGGACUGCUUGCUUGUAUUUGGACCUCUUGCCUGUUUUUGGAUUACCCUUCUAAUAAACUACUGCAUGUGGAUCCUCAAUCUUUGUGUCUCGGAGCAGUUUGU